CAAUAUUGUACGUCCUUGAGGACGCGAUUGAUAGACGGCAGUUGUUUACACAAGAUCACGCUAGCGAAUUGCUUUGUGUACCGAAUGACAACUUGAGGAUUAAAACGACUUUAGUAGUGCAAAUUUAGUAUUUAACCGACAAGUUCAUGUGCAGAAAGAAGAAUUAUGACAUACGAAAGCUGCAGCACCUACUGAGUACAAUUUCGGAGGGCUCUUUUUCAGAUGUCAAGCCACUAGCUGGCUAACGUUAGCUAUUUUGAACAUUGUUUUCACAUUUUCACCCAUUGCAAAAAAUGUCGCAGUAAUUGCCGUUAUUAUUUGACAAAUAUGAGAAACACCAACCGUUUAAGACCUAUUUUUCUUACUUUUGAACAAUGGUUACCUAGAUGGAGUUUGCAACACAGAUUGUGUUGUUCAAAGCCAGUCAGCGUUCAUUCAAACGAGGAGAGCAGGGCAGAUAAAUUCAAGACUCAAAUAGCCACAGGUCCAAGAUUUCAUUACUUUGUCAAGGGAGCUUCUAUCAACAAACAGCAACCUGUUAUCACUGAUGAUUUGAUAGACACUGACAAGCAUGCCUAUCUUCCUGAGGACUCAGAAAGUGGGAAUUCUAGGACAGUCUGUUUUGAAACCUAUGGCUGUCAGAUGAACGUCAACGACACAGAAAUUGCCUGGUCAAUAUUGCAGAAGAAGGGAUAUCAACGCACAAGUGAUGUCGCUGAGGCUGAUGUUGUCCUCCUUGUUACAUGCUCCAUAAGAGAAAAAGCCGAACAAACAAUCUGGAACAGACUACGUCAACUCACAGCCAUGAAGAAAAGACGCUUAAAGACCCGCGUACCCAUGAAAAUUGGAGUCUUAGGUUGCAUGGCCGAGAGGCUGAAGUCUGAGCUGCUGGAGAGGGAGAAGCUGUUGGAUGUUCUGGCUGGUCCAGAUGCAUACCGGGACCUUCCUCGCCUCCUGUCUGUGGCCCAUGGUGGUCAGCAGGCUAGCAACGUGCUGCUGUCUCUAGAGGAGACAUAUGCUGAUGUCAUGCCAGUUCACCACUCCCCCCAGGGUUACAGCGCUUUUGUGUCCAUCAUGCGAGGAUGUGAUAACAUGUGCAGCUACUGCAUUGUCCCGUUUACUCGAGGUCGAGAAAGGAGUCGACCAGUGUCCUCUAUCCUUGAGGAAGUCCAUAUCCUGUCGGAGCAGGGUGUGAAGGAGGUGACCCUGUUGGGUCAGAAUGUGAACAGCUACAGGGACACAUCAGAGGAACAGUUCUGUAGUUCAGAGCCAGGCCAGCUGAGCCGGGGCUUUAGGACGGUGUACCGAGCCCGGCCCGGGGGCCUGCGCUUUGCUGACCUGCUGGACAGAGUGUCCCUCAUAGACCCGGACAUGAGAAUCAGGUUCACCUCCCCUCAUCCCAAGGACUUCCCUGAUGAGGUGUUGCAGCUGAUAAAAGAGAGGGCGAACAUCUGUAAGCAGAUCCACCUCCCGGCUCAGAGCGGCAGCAGCACAGUCCUACAGGCCAUGCGGAGGGGUUAUAGUAGGGAGGCUUACCUGGAGCUUGUGGAUAACAUCAAGAGAAUAAUCCCAGGGGUGAGCCUGAGCAGUGACUUCAUCUCUGGGUUCUGUGGGGAGACAGAAGAGGACCACCUGCAGACCCUGUCUCUGAUCAGGGAGGUGCGCUACAACGUGGGCUUCCUCUUUGCCUACAGUAUGCGGAAGAAAACCCAUGCGUUCCAUCGUCUUCAGGACGACGUGCCAGCGGAGGUGAAGCAGCGGCGGCUCGAGGAGCUCAUCUGCAUGUUCAGGGAGGAGGCCACCAAGGUCAACUCCGCCCUCAUCGGCAGAACACAGCUCGUCCUAGUGGAGGGAGAGAGUAAGAGAUCAGCUCAGGACCUGUGUGGGAGGAACGAUGGGAACUUGAAGGUGAUUUUCCCUCGGCAGGAAGUGGCUGGUCAGCCCACUGACACGCACACUUCCCCCAUCAACCCGGGAGAUUAUGUCCUGGUCAAGAUAGAAUCAGCCAAUUCCCAGAGCCUGAGAGGACACGCCCUCAGCCACACCUCUCUGAGUGACUCAGCCACACGUUGACCUGACCACCGCCAUGACGGACAACUGGCUUCAGUCGCUAGAUACGGUGUCUAGUCCUCUGUACCCUGAAAGUGAGUGUGAAGUGGACGUCUUCUGUGGCACCACGACGCAGAUGUAACAUCGACAAAGAUCCAAUCCAGAGACAACUGACUGAAGAAGACUUUUGUCAAAUUAAAAUACAAUGUAAAAAAAUAUUUGUGAUUUGUUUAAUUAUGCAAAUAUAAUAAUUAUAAAUUGGA